AUGACAGGAGGACCAACGAUUGGAUUAUGCUUCAAUCCGUGGCCAAGAAAACCCUUGGCAAAAGACGCAGAAAUUUCAUGGUUAGAUGCUACUGAUGCUUUAUAUUGGAAAACAGAAGAAAAUAAAGAAAGCUAUACGGGUAAAAUUGUGACGCUGUAUCAAGUGUGUUUCUUUAACGUAAAAACCACGUUUAGCACGGUUUCACCUGGAACAUACGAUGUCGUCUGGCGUUUGAAAGUUCAUCCCGAACAUAAAGGACUUACUAACCUGAAAUUCACUGCAGAAGUCAUCGAACAGGUUAAAAAGGCCCCUUCUGGCUUUAAAGGUUACAACAAACUCGAAACUUACGAUUCGAAUGAAGCUCUAUUCAAAGACUUGGCUAGUAAAUACCGUUGGGUUGAUCUGACGCUUCCGUUUAAAAUAACGAUUCCGGAGGAACGACUGAUUGGUGACGAGUCUACUUGGUAUGAUGUCGAAGUGAAGAUUUUCGAUCAUUCUGGAUAUUGGAAGAGCGGUUUGUCUCUUGAUAACGUGUGUCUUCGACCUUACUAA